CUCAAGCAAUGGCAGUUGCUUCGGCGAUGACGCUUUACCCAAACUACCCUUUCUUCUUGUCGCCGUCUGACCCUGAAAGAGUCGAGUAUGUUGAUAACUCAUUCGACUUUAACAUCGGGAGAGAACUGCUGCUCGACCCAAACGACAUCGUGACGAGAGAGAUGAUUGGAGAAGGAGGCUACUCCAUCGUCUACAAAGGCUUAUUCAAAAGUUUCAUUCCUGUGGCGGUGAAGAUAGUGCAGCCAAGUCGAACAGCUGCUGUAAGCAGACAGCACAAGGAAAAGUUUCAGGAGGAAGUGCUGUUCCUAUCCAAGAUUCAUCAUAACAACAUUGUUAAGUUUUUUGGAGCUUGCAUUGAGCCACAGCUGAUGAUUGUUACCGAACUCCUCGAAGGCGGUACUCUUCAGAAGCUCUUGUGGGACUCUCGUCCAAUCCCUCUUGAUCUGAAGAUGUCACUAAACUUUGCUUUGGAUAUCUCUCGAGCCAUGGAGUAUCUGCACUCAAAAGGCAUCAUUCACCGUGAUCUGAAGCCAAGGAAUGUGCUGGUAACAAGUGAUCUGACAGAAGUGAAGUUGGCUGAUUUUGGACUUGCAAGAGAAGAGACUGCGAGUUGUAUGACUAGUGAGGCUGGCACUUACAGAUGGAUGGCUCCUGAGGUCUUUAGCCGUGAGCCGCUCAGAAUUGGGGAGAAGAAGCAUUAUGAUCACAAAGCUGAUGUUUACAGCUUCGCUAUUGUUUUCUGGGAGUUGCUUACUAACAGACAACCAUUCAGUGGACUGCAUCAAAUCACUGUGCCAUAUUUUGUGAGCCAGAAAGAGAGGCCAAGCCUUAGGGAUUUGCCGGAUGAAAUUGUCUCCAUUCUGGAAUCUUGUUGGGCAGAGGACUCGAACGCACGCCCUGAGUUUAAGGAGAUUACUGUCUUGUUGACAAACUUGAUGAGCAGUUUGUACUCAGACACAGACAGUAGCUGUGGUGCAACAGUAAUAAUGAACUAUCUAUCUGAUGAUCUCGAUACGAUAGAUGAGGGUUCAAUGACCAAUCUGACUCAAGAUGAGGGUUCAACGACCAAUCUGAUUCAGGAGAGGGAGCCUGAGGAGAGGAGGAGGAAGAAAAAGAAGAAAGUGAUGAAUUUCAUCCGUCCUUUCUUCAAGAUGUUCAGGGCUUGUUUGUACAAGCCAUGACCCAACUUUGUGUUUCUCAUAAAGGUUGGAAAGAAAA